AUGCAUGCAAUAAGUGCAUGUACAAUGAUUGCAGUUAAUUGCCUAAUUCUGGUGCUAUCAGUGAUGGAAUUAAUGUUGACGAGUUCAAUUUACGACUUCAUUGUCACUCACGAACUUUUUUACGCAUAUCCGAAAAAGACGAUACUGAUUGCUCCAUCACAAAGUCUUUUCAAGUACAUCGCAAUAUCCUUAUCGUUUUUUCUAUCGUUUGCAUCAAUUACUUACUUUUCAUAUCGAUAUCAGCGUCUAACCCAUACAUAUUUCACGAUUAUGUAUCGAAUAGCACAAUUUGCUUGUGCUGUACUUCAUGCAAUUUGCUCUUCAAAUUCUUUUCAAACAUCCCAAAAACUUGCGAUUUUCAUCAGUGGGGACGAAGAAGACAACUUCAUUGCUGCUGCUUGGUGGUACACAUUACGUUUACGUUUCUCGACAAUUUUAUUCGCUGCUACUUCCAUACUUAUUUUAUUCCUUUUCUUCCUGAAUAUCAGAAAAAAUCAUCGUCAAAGUUGCAAAAUUUCCAGCAUUUCAUAUGAUCUAUUGAUUGUGGGGCGGAAAGAAGGAAUGUUUUAUUCGUGA